AGCAUCCUUUAAGGCGAGCAGCGAGCUGUUUAUAUCCUGUAACAAUGGUCGAGUUUCAAGCAGUGAUAAUGGCGGCCGGCACAGGCUCUCGUAUGUUUCCUUUGACUGAAAGAAUUCCUAAAGCGUUAUUACCAGUAGGUAACUUGCCCGUAAUCUGGUACCCCAUCAACUUGCUCGACAAAGCGGGAUUUGAAGAGAUAAUCAUUAUAGUACUGGAUUCUGCAGUUACACAAUUUCACCAAAUUUUACCAAGUGUUUGUAAUCCUAAACUAAAGCUGGACUUUGUCACCAUUCUGGAUGAUACAGACAUGGGAACAGCAGAUGCUCUUAGGUACAUCAAAGAUAAAAUAGAGAAAGAUGUUUUUGUUGUCAGUUGUGAUCUAGUAACAGACAUUGCCCUUCAUCACCUUGCUGAUAUUCACCGGAGUCAUGAUUCAACUCUUAGUGCUUUUCUGGCUCCUGUUCCUCAAACAAGUGCUGAUAGAGAAGCAGCUAAUAAUCCCAAGGCAAAGAAGAAAACAGAUAGCACAGGUCAGCUUGAUUACAUUAGUAUUGACUCAAGAGAGAACAGACUGUUAUUCUUUGCUACAGAAGCUGAUCUGGAUGAAACCUUAAUGAUAAGGAAGCCUCUUUUAAAAAGAUAUCCUUGCAUCAAUAUUGUGAAAAAUUUAAUGGAUGCUCAUCUGUACAUUAUAAAGAAAUGGGUAGUGGAUUACUUGGCUGAAAACAAGUCAAUUAGUUCAAUAAAGGGUGAGCUUAUUCCCUAUUUGGUGAAUAAACAGUUUCAGAAGCAUAAGAAACUGAAUGACAUCAUCUCGGAAUCCAUUGACACCAGUGUCCAGGAAUCCAGCAACAUUAAACUAGAUAUUCAUGACUUUGCAAAAGAAGAUGACAUUAUGUCAUACACAAGGGAAAUGUCCUCUUGGAGUGGCACACUGACAGAUGUUGAUCAUACAAACAGCAUCCGAUGUCAUGCAUAUGUCAUGGAAAGUGGAGUCUGUCUUCGAACAAAUACCGUUCCACUUUAUAUGGAGGCAAACAGACAGGUUCAGAACUUUUGAGAUCUGUUUUAAGUAGUUAUGUCUAUCUCACUGUAUUUCAAUCUCCUCCUCCCUUGAAAACCACUUUUUUAACUGACCUUGUCUAGGAUGACACUUUCCUCUCAUGAACAAAUUAAAAUACAAUGGCCACCUUUUUUGUCUGGGUAGACAGUCCAUACAUUUACUCUUAUUUCAACCUCUGUACAAGAGCCACAUUUCCACAAUGGCAACAGCCACUUAUUGCAUCCCAACUUCCAAAAUAAUCUCUUGACAGUCGACAGUUAAUCAACAACUGAGAAAUGGUGUUUUCAAAACUCCAUUUUUA